AUGGCGGAAACGACUUCAAAGCCCUUCAUGAUGCAGCUUCGUGAAGCCCUUGCGCGCUCCAAGAGUAGAUGGAAGAGACGAGUGCAGCUGCGAUGGAAUGAGCCUGGUUCGGUCCCUAAUACCACGACAAUGGAACAAGCUGGCGAGGGCGACUUGGACAGCUGGCCUCUGAUCAGGGCUUCGUUGGAUGCUCUAGAGUCUAGUGCAGACUGGUUCGGCCCGCUAAAAGUAGCUAUCGGCCCGCUAAUUGAAUGCGUCGAAAUCUAUGAGCGCGAGUGCGACGGGCUCAAAGAACAAUACAAGCUACGGAAGAAGCUGAACGUAAUAAUGAAAGAUCUGACAGAGCUCAAGAAGCAUCCAGCUGGAUUCGCAAUGACUGGUAGCAUUCAGUGCAUCAUUCGGGAUAUUCAAGAGGAGGCAGAAGCAAUCAAUGGUGAAAAUAGAAAGGCAAUGUCGACAGGGAGACGACUGAGAGGUAUAAUGGAAGGAACAGGAGAAAUACUCGAGUGCUACAAUCGCAUCGACGAGCACCUUCGGCGAUUGGUGCUUAACGUGAAUCUGAGCAUAAUGAACACUAUCUACGAAGAGGCGAAGGAGUCACGUCUGACCAAGAUAUUGUCCGCCGAGUCUGCCUUUUACGACUCGGGAGGCGUCAAACGAGGCGGCUGUGCGCCAGGAACUCGCGAGCCGCAAAUCAAGAUGCUCAUAGAAUGGGCAUCCAAUCCAGACUCAGGAAGAACGUGCUGGAUGAAUGGAAUGGCUGGCACGGGCAAGACCACUAUCGCAUAUACCGUGUGCAAAAUGCUUGGCAGUCAGCUAGGAGCCAGCUUCUUCUGCUCGCGCGCCAUCUCCGAGUGCCGGCAGGUCAAGUCAAUCAUACCGUGUAUCGCCUAUCAGUUCGCUCGAUUCUCCAUUCCUUUUAGCGGUGCGCUCAUCAAGGUUAUGAUGGCGGAUCCUGAUGUACAUCGUCGAAGCCUGAAGCAGCAGUACGAGAAGCUUAUUUUUGAACCGUUGGUCGAAGUAAAGGAAUCGCUACCGGCAGAUGUAAUCGUUGUGAUCGAUGCGUUGGACGAGUGCGAGGAUUCCGACAGCGUUGGCCAAAUCCUCGAUCUGCUACUCUCACCGGACUACAAGCUUCCGAUUCGCUACCUUGUCUCAAGCCGACCUGAAAAAGAGAUCUUGGAGGCCGAUAUCAAAAGAUAUAUGCAACUUGAGCUGAAAGACGUUCCGCUGACGAAUGAGCAAUGGUCUAACGUUCUCAAACAAUGUGGAGUGCUAUUUAUCUACGCAUCGACGAUGUGUCGUUUCAUCAAACAAGGCCAUGUAACGGACACGCUCAAUGAGGCACUCGACACAAUCACAAACUCAUCGUAUAUACAAAUGGAAGACGAACAGUCUAUCGAUAGCCUAUAUUCGACAAUACUGACAAACGCGUUUAAAAGGUCCGGAAUGAGCAGGAGCAACACGGAACGAAUGAAAGCGGUGCUCGGAUCAGUGAUAUGCGCAGUUGAGCCGAUGAAUCGGGAAGUCAUUGUCAGUCUCCUCAGGCUAAACAGCCUCCAGCAUUUGGACUCCUUAUUGCAGCCGCUGCGUUCUGUGCUCAACAUCUCAGAGGAAAGUGGGCUGGUGACCACGCUACAUGCGUCGUUUCCAGAUUAUUUACUAUCUCACGACCGAUCUGGCGACUUUUGGUGCGAUCCAGAAAGCCGACAUGCCUCAUUGGCGGAAGCGUGCCUACAAGCGAUUGAGGCGUCAGAACCAAAGAUUAACAUAUGCGGCCUCCCUUCCUCUUGUUUGCUAGACAGCGAAGUGGAAGGCCUCAACGAGCGAGUGCAGCGCGCAAUCUCACCCGGCCUUGCUUACGCAUGCCAGCACUGGUCAACCCAUCUAUACCGCGGCGGGUACCGAUCAGCGCUAGUCGAUCGUGUGCGCACCUUUUUCUUCGAUAACCUGCUACUGUGGAUGGAAGUCGUCAACCUACUCAAGAAGAUCCGCCACGGUACCAGCAUCAUUCAGCAAGCGGAAAGGUGGUGCACGAAACAUACCAUACCGGAAGACGUAUCAAAAAUCGCCCAUGACGCCGUGCAGUUCGUAUCGGUAUACGCCAACCACCCCACAUCCGAGAGCACGCCGCAUAUAUAUAUCUCCAUGAUUCCGUUCUGGCCUGCAUCACGACCGGUCUCGACCACAUACAAGCCAAGAACAACCGGACUUGUAAAGCCACAAGGCACGGCAAUCAGCCAGCGAACAUUGUCGCUUGGCCACUGGAAGGUCGGGUCGGGAGUCUAUCGAUGGGUCUAUCUGCUGAUGGAACUCGACUGGCAGUCCCCACUGAGGGCGCAUUGA